AUGCCAGGUAGAUCCUCUUCAUCUGCCACUGGGCGCACUCCGAUUGGCCACACCCGAUCUAACUCCCAGAGCCUACCAAUGACAAGAGGACACGUGUCACCUGGGGGAAGAGGCGGGGAUGCGGCAGGGGCGGCAAUGGUGGUGACGCCGCCGCCCGGCACGUCGCCAGCUGGGCGGUCCAGGUGGCGCAAUAUCAUUGGCCGGCCGCUGGAGAGCCUUGCCGCCCGGUUUGAGCUGACAGGGGAGGUGCUGGGGAAGGGGUAUUUCGGAGACGUGGUGGUGUGUGUGGAGAGGGACAGUGGGGAGCAUUUCGCGUGUAAAGUCAUCAACAAGGCGAAUGUGAAGGUGAGCACUGGAGGAUUGGCUGCGGUGCAGUGGGACCCUUCCUCACCCUCCCCCUCCCCUGAUGCAGAGGACGUGCAGAACGAGGUGGCAGCUGGAGGCGCUGAGAGAGCCACUUUCCCUGGCUGGUCUGGUUUGUUGUACCAUCAUCAUGUAUUGCCCCUUGCCCGCUUUUCCCCUUCCCCCUCCUCCCCUCUAACUCCUCCCUGCCAGACCCCUGAGGAUGCAGAGGACGUGCAGAGCGAGAUGCUGGCUCUGGAGGCGCUGAUAGAGCCACUUUCCCUGGCUGGUCUGACUCCAGAGGACGCAGAGGACGUGCAGAACGAGGUGGCAGCGCUGGAGGCACUGAGAGGGCACCGGCACAUCGUUCAGCUCAUAGAGACGAUGGAGGAGCCAGAGGUGGGUGGGUGGGUGGGUCUGCUUAUAACGAUUUGGGCUUUGGAGGCGCUGAGGGGCCACUGGCACAUCGUCCAGCUCAUAGAGACGGCGGAGGAGAGGAGCCAGAGGUUAGUGAGUCUGCUUGUAACGAGUAUGACAAUGCUGUGUGCUUAUAACGAGUGUGUGACUGUGUGCUGGGAGGAAGGUUGGGCGCUGGAGGCAUUGAGAGGGCACCGGCACAUCGUGCAGCUGAUAGUGACAGUGGAGGAGCCAGAGGUAAGUGAGGUUGCUUGUAACGAGUAUAAUACUGCUGUGUGUAGACUGGGUGAAAGCGCUGAGGGGCUACCGGCACAUCGUGCAGCUGAUAGUGACAGUGGAGGAGCCAGAGGUCCAGAGCAUCGUGCAGCUGAUAGUGACAGUGGAGGAGCCGGCAACAGAGGCGCUGCUGCAGUGCCAUGCCAGUCCAAUGGCGUCAUACACCGCGACGUGAAGCUCCAUGUGAAGCCCGAUAGUUGCUUACCUGGGGACGUGAAGAUCUGUGAUUUUGGCAUCUCCACCUUCUUCCAGCCAGGCACGAGCUGCUCUGAGAUAGUGGGAACGGCCUCUUUCCUCUCUCCGGAAAUGCUCGCCCAAACCUACUCCUGCCCCACCGAUGUCUGGAGCCUGGGCGUGCUGCUGCACCUCCUGCUCUGCUGCUCUCAGGAUGCCCCCCUUUCCACCCCUGAGAUAGUGGGAACGGCCUCUUUCCUCUCCCCUGAAAUGCUCGCUCAAACCUACUCUUCUCCGACUGACAUUUGGAGUCUCGGAGUCUUGCUGCACCUGCUGCUCUCGGGAUUCCUCCCCUUCCGCGCUCCCACCAAAGAGGCCGUUUUUGAAGCGAUUCUGGACGGCAGAGUAGAUUUCCGGGCAGCGCCGUGGCCGAUCGUGUCGCUAUCUGCCAAGGACUUGGUGUCGAGGAUGCUGACCGUUGAUCCGGAUGAGAGAAUAACAGCAGAGGAGAUUCUCAGUGAGUGGGGGUUGGGGGAUGGAGGGGUUGGGCUAGGCGGAAAGUUAGGGGGGUAG